UGUGCGCACGCGCAGUCCGCAUUUCGGGGAUGGGUCUAUCGAAUGAAAUCAAGAUGGCGACUCUGGCAAAAGCGCCAAGGCACAUAGUGAAGUAGAUGAGCAAAGUUGAGCGCUUCUGCGGGGUUUCUUCGCGCCCCAGCGGGGGUCUGGCGAAACAUGAAGACCUCGGGCGUCGUUUGGAGGCGCUAUUGACCGGGAUUUGAGAGUCAGCGAGAUGUGCGAGAGCUAUGCCCGCUCGCUGCUGCGUGUUUCGGUGGCGCAGAUCUGCCAGGCUCUCGGCUGGGAUGCAGUUCAAGUCACGGCGUGCGAUCUGCUGUCCGACGUGCUGCAUCGUUACAUCCAGCAGAUGGGCAGAGUGUGUCAUCGCUACUCGGAGCUCUAUGGGAGGACAGACCCAGUCCUGGAGGAUGUGAGCCAGGCUUUCAGGCUGCUGGGAGUGAGUCUGAACGAGCUGGACGAUUAUGUCAACAAUCUGGAACCCGUGGCCUUCCCCAAUCAGUUGCCAACCUUUCCCGUCAGCAAGAACAAUGUCCUGCAGUUUCCUCCGCCCGGCGCCCUCGAGGCGGAAGAGAGGAAAGACUAUAUUCCUGAUUACAUGCCACCCCUGGUCUCCUUACAAGAAGAAGAGGAGGAGGAAGAAGUCCUUCCCGACAUGGGCACCUCUGCCGAAGCCAUGCAGGUGGCGCUGGAAGAGGAGGGGGAAGAGUUUGAGGACAACGAGACUGUCAAUGAUGAGAACUACCCUCUGAAGAGGCACCUGGACAGCCCCGAUGCAGACUUGGGCAUGAUGCCGACGUCCAAACGGCCACGGAUGCUCCCCGGCCUGAGCCCCGAAUGGGGUGUGGAGCCCAGGGAGCCCCUUACCUCCCUCAACUCUCAGCGUGUACCCCCGGGCAUACUGCCCUCUCACGACAGCCUUGACCCCAUGUCACCCGAAGCACCCUCAGGAGCCAUGCCCUCCUUCAGACCUCAGCCUAUGAUUCCAAAAUACCCGGAUCAGAAGGCCCUCGCCACCCCUGGAAGAAAGCCUAAAGUCUCAUCGCCUGUUAGACAAAGGACUAAGUCCCCUAAGGGGGUCAUUGCCGCCUCGGGGGGCGGCAGUCCCAUCCACUCUCCGAAACAUUCUAAGGAGAGGAAGAAAUCUCCAGGCCGGACAAAGAGUCCGAAAAGUCCCAGGAGUCCCAAGAUGGUUCCGGGCAAAGCGCCUCCGCCUCAGGUCAAGGUCGAAAUCGUGCACAAGGUGCCGUUGUCCGUACUGAGCGAGAGGAUGGGGAAAGAAAACAUCCACAUGCGUCAGAACGUGGAGGACAAGGACUUGGCCGAGGGCUCCUUCAUCAAAAUGGAGCCUGACAACACGGCCAUCGAAGAUUCCAUCAGCGCCGUGAUCGCCAGAGCGUGCUCGGAACGGGAGCCCGAUCCUUUCGCCUUUUCUUCGGGCUCUGAUUCGGAGAGCAACGGCUUCUCCAGCCCUAGGAGACUGACUAUAAUGGAGGCGACGACGCCCAAAGCGCCGCCGGGGGUUGCCGGCAUAUCCGCCGGCAUAUCCGCCGGCAUACCCGCGGGCAUAUCCGCCGGCAUAUCCGCUAGAGACACGUCGACGCCGCUUCAGCCUCAGCUGCACCUGGGCCAGGGAAAGUGGACCAUGGACGACUCCAUCGACGAGGUGAUCCGAAAGGUGCACCAGCCGCCCAAUCACGAGGAAUACGUCUCGUCCGGAUCGGCGUCGCCGCCAACGCCCGAACCCCUGCUGAAGCUGUUGGAGGAGAAGACCAUGUUUGUGUCGCCGGCAGACGUCAAGAAGAAGCUGAAGAAGGAGCUGAAGACGAAACUGAAGAAGAAGGAGAAAGACAAGCCCAAAGACAAAGAGCGGGAGAAGGACAAGAGCAAGGUGAAAGAGAAGAACAAGGACAAGAACCGGGAGAAGAACAAGGACUUUUCCAAGGACAGCAAGCUUCUGUGGAAGGAGUUCGGCAUGAAAGACGACGAGCACUUCAGUCAGCGGGACUUCACUCUGCCCGAGGGCUCCAUCAAGAUCAAGUCCAGAGACGGGGAGGGCCCCAAGAAAGAGAAGGAGAAGCACAAGGACAAGAAGAAGGACAAGGACAAGAAUAAGAGGGACAAGGAGAAGAAAGAGAAGGGCAAAGACAAGAGCAAGGACGAGCGGCAGAAACAAGCGGCCCUCGACCCCGUCGCCCUGGGGGAGGUCUCGGCCCUCUUUAGUCCCUCCUCCUGCCUGCGCAUGCCCUCCCUGGUGCCCGUCCUGCAGGACAGCAAGGAUGCCAAGGGCAAGGAGAAGGACAAGAAGAAAGACAAGAAGGAGAAGAAGAAGAAGAAGGACAAGGAGAAGGACAAGGAGCGGGAGAAGGCCAAGGAGAAGGAGAGGGAGAAGGAGGAAAAGAGGAAGGAGAAGGAGAGGGAGAAAGAAAAGCGGGAGAAGGAAAAGGAGAGAGAGAAGGAGAGGAUUCGAUUGGAGAAGGUGAAGGUGGAGGCUCCGGUCGCUGCUCCUUCUCCUGUCAUCCCCAGAUUGACGCUCCGAGUCGGUGCUGGACAAGACAAAAUUGUUAUCAGCAAAGUGGUUCCUAACUCGGAGUCAAAGACGCCCGCGCCCAAGAUCCCCGCCACCAAGGCCACACCCAGUCGUCCCCGGUCGCCUCCGCCGCCCCCCAUCCUCACCCCGGUCAUGCCUCUUCUGCCGCCUCCGCCCUCGCCGCUGCCUCCGCCCCCAGUGCCCUCAUUGCUCGCGCCGUCCCCUCUGCUGUCCCCCGCCGCCUCGCUGAAAACGCCCGUUCGCAGCGUGGUGACCGAGACGGUCAGCACCUACGUGAUCCGAGACGAGUGGGGCAACCAGAUCUGGAUCUGUCCUGGAUGCGACAAGCCAGACGACGGCAGCCCCAUGAUAGGAUGUGACGACUGCGACGACUGGUAUCACUGGCUGUGCGUGGGCAUCCUCACAGCGCCCCCUGCAGACCAGCAGUGGUUUUGUAUCAAAUGUGCCAGCAAGAAGAAGGACAAAAAACACAAGAAGAGGAAACACAAACUGCAUUGAGGUGGUGCAAAGAAGAAGAAGAAGAAGAAGAAGAAGGCGACACAUGGAAGGUGAAGGUGGGGACUUUUUGUGUGCCACUCAGAGGAAGAAACUAGGGGGUGGGGGCUCAUUUUUAUCCAUGAGGCAGCCAAAACGAAAAAACAAACAAAAAAAAAGUUCUCUGCUUCUGUGCACGAAGACGACACCGAGCAUCCAUCGUCUUUUUUCCCCGCUCUCCCGCCUUCCUGCCCGUCAUGUACAUAAUAGCGCUGAGGGUGUAUAAAGCUGUAAAUACCAACACGCCCACAGGAAAUAACUCCCAUCAAUAUCGCUUUUUUAACCCAAAAUGAAGCCCGUGUCAUUUCUGUACAUUUUUAAAAAAAUUGAAAGUUUGUAUUUUAUUUCUCCCCCCCCCACGUAUUUUUUUUUGUAUGUGUGUGUGUGCGUGUGUGUGUGUGUGUGUGUGUGUGUGUGUGUGCCGCAGUCGUACUGCGGCUUGUGUGUGAUAUGAAUCAUUUCAAUCGUGUUUCUACAUUAAAGGUGAAAAAAAAAAACAGUCUGUGCGCUCACGCAGACUUUAAGACGGAAAUCUCCCGACCAU